UCAGCAGAACUGAGCCUAUAAAACGCAAAUCACCACUCUCUCCUUUUUAAUUUCACCAUUCAUCACAAACAUGAACGAUUUACUCUCCGUCGACAACAACCACCGCCACGUCAUCGAGAUGGCGGGAAACUCCACCGCAACACCACAAACUCUCGAAAAAUUCUAUGAAGAAGUAGAAGCCGUGAAGAAGCAACUGAAGGAAUUGGAUCAACUUCACAUAAACCUUCGAAACUCACACGAAAAGAGCAAAAAACUUCACAGCGCAAAAACGGUGAAAGAGCUUCGUUCAAAAAUGGAUUCCGACGUUAUUCUGUCUCUCAAGAAAGCGAAACUAAUCAAGUCUCGGUUGGAGUCACUUGACCGGUCCAAUGAAGCGAGUCGGUCUUUGCCUGAUUGUGGACCCGGUUCCUCUUCGGAUCGAACCAGGGUAGUGGUGGUUAGUGGUUUGAGGAAGAAUCUGAAAGAUUCUAUGGAGAGUUUUAAUGGACUUAGGGAACAGAUAUCGUCGGAGUAUAGAGAGACGGUGCAACGGAGAUACUUUACUGUCACCGGAGAGAAAGCUGAUGAUAAAACUGUUGACCUCCUCAUCUCUACUGGUGAGAGUGAAACAUUUUUACAGAAAGCAAUCAAAGAACAAGGGAGAGCAACAGUGAUGGAAACAAUACAAGAGAUUGAGGAGAGACAUGGUGCUGUGAAAGAGAUAGAGAGAAAUCUAAAUGAGCUACAUCAAGUGUUUUUGGACAUGGCAGUUUUGGUUGAAGCUCAAGGUGAAGAGUUGAAUGACAUUGAGAGCCAAAUGAAGCGAGCAAAUUCGUAUGUUAGGGGAGGGGUCCAACAAUUACAUGUUGCUAGGAGGCAUCAAAAGAAUUCUCGAAAAUGGACAUGUUUCGCCAUUUUACUUCUCCUCAUAAUCGCUUUGGUUAUAAUUCUCCCUAUUGUUUUGAAAAAUAAUUAGCUCACAUUAAUACUUUAGAUCAAAACUACUUAUGAAUGUUUUGAGAGUUUAUGUGAAAGCAAACAAUUACUUAUUCUAAUAUGGUGGCUAUUGUUAAGAUUGAUGAUUAUGAAUUGAUCUCAUCAUUCAAAACUUGGUAGUCAAGUCAAAGCAAUACAAGCCGCCAUCUUCACUAUAGUACUAGAAUCAGAAAAUGCAUUUCAUAUUCAUUUAUGUUGUUUUUUUA